UUUUAAUACUAUGUAGAGGAGAGUGAGUUACACUAAGACCCAGAACACUGAAAGGUUUUACUGUUAACACCAGGAUUAAAGUAUUGGAAGCCUAUCAACCUUGCUGUGUUUUCAUAGAAAGCUGCUCUCCAUUUUCUCACACCAGACAAAGGAUGACAAACAUCUCACGAUAUCUUGUUAAUCACCUGCUGACAUUCUCACUCCAGGACGGGGAUGUGCAGAAUGUGGAGGAAGCCCAGUCCCGUCUCUCCGUCCUGGCCCAGAGCCAAAAGCUGUGGAGUCAACAGAUGUACCUGGAUGUUGGAGCGAAGGCCAUCCAUCUCCGAGACACACAGAGCCAGGACGAGCUGGAGAACUAUCCUUUCAAAUCCAUCUACCGCUGUGACGCCAUUAACACAGAAAAGCACUUCAAAUCCCUCCUUCUGUUGGUCUGCCAAAGUGCAGACCUGAACAAGCCGGACAUUCUGUUCUUUAACUGCGAGACUGUGAAGGCAGAGCAAAUCCGUGAUGACAUUGCACGCGCAGUUUCGGGUUCCUCCACCGGCAGCAGGAGUAAGAAGCUCCCUGAUGCCCUCAGGCUUCCUCGCAGUGAGGGAAAGAUGAUCGACCCCUAUGAAAUCCCGAAACCCCCUGGCCCACAUGCUCCAAAUCCCCCACCAGCCAAUCCUCCACCUUACCCUGGACACAGAGGCGGGCCUGAUAUCUCCUUCCUGCGAGCAGAGCGAGAAGUGGGGAUCCUCAAUCACUGUUUCAAUGACAUUGAGAUCUUCAUGGGCAAGCUGCAGCAGACUGCAGAGGCUGCGACGGUGCUGAACCAGAGGAAGAAGAAAAAGAAGAGAAGUAAAAAGCAAAGUGCUGAAGAAGAUCUGCUCACUGCGAAGGCCCGUCCUCCGCCAGAGGAGGAAUUCAUCGAUAUCUUCCAGAAAUUCAAAUAUUGCUUCAGCCUGUUGGCCCGUCUGAAGUCAACCAUCUCCAAUCCUUCAUCAGAGGAGCUUGUUCACCACAUAUUCAAACCUUUGGAUAUGAUGGUGAGAACAACAGGAGGACCAGCUCUGGGAGCCUCAGUGUCCAGCCCCGCCCUGACCAGCUCUGCUGUCUCCCUGCUACAAGACAACCUGAGCGAGGAGGAGAGGCAGCUGUGGACGUCUCUGGGUCCUAACUGGACGCUGCCGCGCUCUCAGCUCAGAGGGCCUGUGGCCCCCUACACUCCUGUGUUCUUGGACGGUUGGAAGCCGGAAGCCUCGAGAGCAGACGGGCAGGUUUGGGAGGAUCCGGUCGACUCACAGCACAAACAUGAAGCCCUCCGAGUACAACAAGCGCCACAGCAGCAACAGCCACAGCCAGUUGGUCCGGCAGACCCCCAUACCAGUGAUGAAACAGACGGCAGCACACUCCCACCAGAGUCUGACAGGCUCUACAGCUGCACUUACGACUUCAUAGCCAGGAACAGCAGUGAGCUUUCAGUGCAGCAGGGGGAGACACUCGAGGUGAUUGAAUCGUCCAAGCGCUGGUGGAAGUGUCGCAAUCGGUUCGGCCAGAUCGGAUUUGUUCCCUUCAAUAUCCUGGAUCCCUUGGCUCACAUAGACAGCCCCGGGAACAAUAAACCUCCCAGUGCUCCAGCUCCGCCUCCCCUCGCCAAGACCUUCUCUGGCGUCCCACGCAGCUCUUCUCCUGCUACACCCCAGGCCAACACCCACACCCCCCAGCGCCCAUACAGUCAACAUAUACCGGCCUCAGAUGACACAGAUAAUAAAGUCAUGUUGAUGAAUGACGAGCUGCUCCAGAGGCUGACCAAUGGAAAGACCAACGUGAACAAACCUCUGGUCAUCCCUCGUUCCGCAGAGACGUCCGUGCCUCUGGACUACCACUCUCCUCCAGACGAGGUAGCCGAGUGGCUCCGGGGGAAGGGCUUCAGUGGACCGACGGUGUCAUGUUUGGGAGUGCUGACAGGCGCCCAGCUCUUCUCUCUCAACAAGGAGGAGCUACGAGCUGUGAUUCCAGACGAGGGCGCCAGAGUGUACAGCCAGCUCACUGUGCAGAAAGCACUGCUCGAGGAUGCGAGAAGGGCCACGGAGUUGGAGACAGUCAUGGAGAAACAGAAAAUGAAGGUGGAUCUGAAACUGGAGAGCAGCACAUUGUGAGCAGCAGGCGCUCCUACAUCAUUAAGAGUUUUACAUGAAGGAUUGUGUUCUUCUGUCAGAUAGAUAGAUAGAGAUAUAUAUAU